AUGGAUAUCUACUCUGUCGGUCCAAACGAAAAACAACACGACGCCAUCCCGGCUUCUCAAGACGACUCUACUAGCUUCGACGAAAAGAACACCAAGGGCCAGGUACAAGACGUCAAGAUUGCCUUCGUCGAGCAUACCACUCUUGAUGUCGAGAAUGAUGUUGGUGUGGUCAUGGACAAGGUCGAGGCUUUGACAGUCGCGGAAUGUCGCAAGCUCAUCGAAGAACUACUCGAGGAGCACACCUAUGACUACAACUUCUCUGCCUCACAGAAAGAUAAGCUCUGCCGUCUACUGGAGGGACCUGUCGACGGACAGUCCAUCGACGAAUGGGAACUCAUCCUCAAGAAACAAACAGCCAUCAACGUGUUUUACUCACCAUAUCCCGAGGUCCGCGCUGUCACACGUCCCGACGACGACGUCGACAUGCCUUGCGAAACCAUCAGAGCCCAUGUGAUAGGUCUUCUAUGGGCCUGUAUCGGACAAUUCAUCAACUCUCUGUUCAACUCUCGUUAUCCCAAUAUCACUUUGCAGUCAAGUGUCGCCCAGAUCCUGCUGUAUCCCUGUGGCAUGUUUGUCGCUUGGGCCUUACCAGACUGGGGUAUCACUAUGUUUGGCAAGAGACACUCAGUCAACCCUGGCCCUUGGACUUACAAAGAACAAGUGCUUUCGACUAUCAUCGUCAAUGUCGGACUUACUUCUGCAUACGUCUUCUGGAAUAUCCAGACACAGCAAGUCUACUACAAAGACAAGUGGUUGACGCCCGAGUAUGAAAUUCUUCUACUACUCUCUACUCAACUCAUGGGCCUUGGUUUCGCCGGCAUGCUUCGAAGAUUUGUUGUGUACCCUAUCCAUGCGAUCUGGCCGAGCAUUCUUCCUACCGUAGCUCUGAACCGCGCCUUGUUGGUCAAAGAGUCGCACGAAAAUAACAAUGGCUGGCGCAUGUCGCGUUACAAGUUCUUCUUCAUCUUCUUUGGCGCCAUGGCUGUGUACUUCUGGCUCCCGGAUUACCUAUUCCCUGCACUGAGUUACUUUGCCUGGAUGACAUGGAUCAAACCCAACAACUUCAACCUCGCUGCGGUGACAGGUUCACAGUUCGGCUUGGGCUUCAACCCAGUCUCAUCCUUUGACUGGAACAUUAUCUCGACAUACGCUUUCCCUUUGACAUGGCCUUUCUUCAGUCAGAUCCAACAGUACAUCGGGAUGGUGAUAGGUGGGUUGAUCAUCCUGGCUUCAUACUACUCAAACUUCAUGUGGACCGCUUAUCUGCCGAUCAACUCGUCGGGCAUUUUCGACAACACCGGCAACCCAUACAAUAUCACCAAAGUCAUGGUUGGUGGACGUCUGGACUACGAGGAAUACUCUAACUACUCUCCAGCUUUUUACAGUGCUGGAAACCUCGUCACCUACAGUGCGUACUUCGCAUUCUACACUCUGACCUUUGUAUUCAUCAUCCUCGACUUCUGGAGACCACUCGCUCAAGCCUACAAGCGAAUGGUCCAAGCCGCCUGGUCGCUUGUCAGGAACAUGACCUUGAAGGGUAAGCAAGCAAUUGCCUCGCUCGCAAGAGGGGACUUGAAGCAGUCGCUCCACCAUACUGCGCACCUGAUGGACAGUGAGGGCAGCGUCUACGACGGCUUCAGCGACCCUUUCACCAGGAUGAUGCGAAAUUACAAGGAAGUUCCGGAUUGGUGGUUCCUGGCCAUCGCUGCCAUUGCCUUUGCUUUCGCCAUCAUCAUUCUCAAAACAUAUGAUGCGCUACAGACGCCCGUGUGGACUAUAUUCUUUGUCAUCAUCUUGAACUUGGUCUUUCUGGUCCCGAUGAGUUAUCUUUAUGCAAUCUCGGGAACGACACAAGGACUCAACGUGGUGACUGAGCUCGUCGUCGGAUAUGCCUUGCCCGGUCGUCCAGAGGCACUGAUGUUUGUCAAAGCAUAUGGAUACAACAUUAAUGGACAAGCUGAUAAUUACACAUCAGAUCAGAAGAUGGGUUUGUACGCUAAGGUCCCUCCGCGUGCUAUGUAUCGCGGUCAACUCAUUAGUGCUAUCGUUACAUCCCUGGUUGCAUACGGAUGUGUCGACUUCGUGGACACUGAUAUCAAGGGUAUCUGUACACCAGAUCAGGCUGCCAAGUUCAAUUGUGCAAAUGGAUCAGAGGUAUACUUCUCCUCAUCUGUCGUUUGGGGAGCCAUCGGACCUGCUCGUAUUUUCGGCCAGUUCUAUCCAUUCAUGAAGUACAUGUUUCUACUGGGCUUCCUCCUUGCACUGGUCUGGUGGUCAGUCAAGCGCUAUGGAUCGUCUUUACGAAACGUCGCCCAGACGAGGCUUCCAUCUGCCAUCUUUGGCCCUUUGAACCUCCUCGUCUUCACACCCGUCUCCUGGCUCAGGGAUGUUCAUCCGUCUCUCAUCAUCAACGGCUUCCUUUGGUGGGCUCCGCUCAAUCUGACAUACUUCACCGGUGCCGUCUACUUGUCGUUUGGAUUCAUGUACUAUCUGAGGAGGUAUAAGACAGCCUGGUGGGAGAAAUACAACUACGUUCUGGCAGCUGCUCUUAAUGCUGGUGUAGCUUUGUCAGGAGUCAUCAUCUUCUUUGCCGUCCAGUACCACGCGGUGAAUGUGAACUGGUGGGGCACCGAAGUUACUUCACAAGGUGUUGAUGGAGGUGCUGGACAGCAAGCACUAAUCACCGAUUUACCUGCAAAGGGCUACUUCGGGCCUGAUUCUUGGAAAUGA